CUUCACUGCCGCGUUUACGCGUGAAUCGUCGGAUGGGCGCACCGAUGAGGGUUUCUUAUGCUUGCUUUCGCCCCUCGCACCAAAUAAAGCAGCACACGCACGAUAUAUGAAUAUUUGGAUUGGUGAUGGCUGCUUGAUAAGUCGUCGCGGUUUUUGCUCGGAUUUGGUCGCGGACAAGACCUUCACUUUUCAGCUGCAAUUUAGCUAAAAUGUCUGCUCGCGAUUACUGGUCAGUUGCUAGACUAGCGGUGCGUCUGCUGAAAGAGAGGCCCACAGCCAUCAAGAAGUCGCUAGACCAAAUUCAGACUGCCGCGAAGCUGCCCGCUGCCUCAGAUACUCAACUUGCAUCUGCAAUCAGGGGGUCCAUGAAGACGCAGCGUCUGGCGGAGGGGGAGGCAGCUGGAGACCGGGGGUCUCGGGGACGACGCUUCGGGGGACGAUAGCGGACUGACCAAGGCAUGUGCCCGCUGGUCACGUAGGUGACCACGGAGCUGAACGGGCCUUGUAAUGACCUGCAACUAUGUAAACACGGCUUCACCUGUCUCAUACCUGACUCAAGAUGUGGCUUUGAAAGGAAGAGCGGAGGUGGAUGAUACUGGAUUAGCUGAAUUGUGCGCUGCGAGGGCUUUGGCGGGAACGACCGCUGGAUUGUGGACGACCGCCGUGCGCAUACUGCAUGGCACGUGGUCAUGUGCAAACCACGGCGUGUGUCAAUGCCCCGAUCGUCAUGGCGGCACGCGCGGUGUGGCAUGACAAGGGCCAGUGCCAUGCUAGUUGGCGACAGCGCCUGCUGGCGGUCGAUGUAUGCGUCCCAGUGCGGGAAUCUGAGGCCUGAAGCGCACUCGCGUCACACUCCACGGGGUUGGGCGGCGGUGGUAGGCCGGGUGUGUUACGGGCCAACAACAAACGAGGGAAAGCAUGUAGCCGCAAAGUAUGAAGCCUGCAGGAGGCCAUGGCCUUGUGCACGGCAGUUUGCACGCUGUGGCAAGCAUAGCGCUGCUUGCGCAAGUUUGGGCAUGCUUGAAAGAGAGAGAUGAGGCAGGGGGGGGGCAACUCCAAUUGUUGACAUAGACUCACGCCGCAGCAGGUAGUCCAGGUAGCAGGACACGCGCAUCCACAGGUGCUGUGGAUGCAUGAAGAGCCUGGAUUGUCAGAACGCUGCCAACGGCUGGCUGUAUGGAUGCGGUUCAGGGAGUCGGGGCUAUUGUACACUUCACGGAAGUGUGUGUUGGUUCCUGCUUCCAGCCACGGUUUCUGGUCACGUUACAUGCUCUGAUGUGUCCUGCAUUUAAGCUGGGCGCGUCAUACGGACUAAUACGGAUUACGGACUCAGGUCAGGACUUAGCACUCUGAGGCUGGUGGUGACUGCGGGACGGGGUUCCUAGCCGGGUGCACUGGCAUCUGUACUUCAUGUUGUGGGGAUGGACUGCGCCUGGUGUUGCGUGAGCUCGGCAAGCUAGGUGAACCUGUCAUUGGCA